AUGAAGGUGAUAACGCGCGGUACUUUCCGAACAUCGUUGACGAAAAUUGUAAAAGUGGCGUCAGAAUAUUUGGAAACAGAGUGUCAUUUAAAUGAUGAAAACGCGAGUCGGUUCGAAGAAAUCGAGGAAGAACUCGUAACUCUUACUGAACGUUUGACAGCGGUCCAUGAGAAGCUUCGCGAUGCGGAUAAGCAAGUGGUGGCUAAGAAUUUAAUCAAGCCCGAAGAUCAAGAGAGAGAGUUCGAUAGGAUGGCGAAAUACGAGGACACGGCAAUCACGCAUUUAGCCAAGCUAAAUAAUCGCCUCCGGAAAUUGCGUCUCAAGCAAAAUCCACUCAACAAUCCAGCCGACACCAUAAACCACAAUAGUUCGAUUCCCCUUGUUGCACCAUCUCAUAAAAGCAACAUACGUCUUCCAAAGCUGCAAUUGAAAAAAUUCGAUGGCAAUAUGCGCGAUUGGAUGCCCUUUUGGGACCAAUUUAAUAGCGCCGUUCAUCAAAAUAAUCAACUGUCGGCAGCAGAAAAAUUUAAUUAUCUUGAGGAUGUGCUGAGUGGGGCGGCGAAGAAAGCUAUAUCUGGUUUUACUGCUACAUCAUCAUGCUACGAUGCAGCAGUUGCAUUGCUGUUAGAACAGUAUGGUGAUACUGAAAAGCUAAUUGACAAUCACAUGCAAAAAUUAAUUUCUCUGAGUCCAGUUACGGUUAAAUCAGAUGUUGUGGGUUUGCGAAAUUUAUACAAUCACGUUUCAACUUCUAUACGUUCUCUUACAUCACUACAAGUCGCUCCACAGAGAUAUGACGUCAUGUUAAAAUCUAUUCUCUUACGCUGCCUACCACCAGAUAUGCGAGUUGAUUACCACAGGAGAAAAAACGGAGAUAGCGGAACAUGUAAAGACGAUGAAGCAGCUGCAGCAGAGACCAGUCAACACAGUGACGAUGUUUCUGAAACGCAAACUUCGUUAUAUGGCAUGCAUGACCGUGGUGUGAACAGUAUAUUGCGAUUUCUCAAGAAAGAGCAACGAAAAAGCAAAGAUUGGGCUCGUGUUGGUCAUAUCAAAUGA